UUGUAAGGCUACUAGGUGCUGCAUUCAAGCUGGAGAAAGAUUGUUGAUUUAUGAAUUUAUGAGCAACAAAAGCUUGGACUUCUUCAAAAUAGAUUGUGAGAAGGGAAAGCUACUAGAUUGGCCAAAGCGUUUUCGUAUCAUCAAUGGGAUUGCCAAAGGUCUUCUUUAUCUUCAUCAAGAUUCAAGAAAUAGAAUAGUUCAUAGAGAUCUCAAGGCUAGGAAUGUUUUGUUAGAUGAUGAAUUGGAUCCUAAAAUCUCGGACUUUGGAACAGCAAGAAGCUUUGUAGGAAAUGAAAGCGAAGCAAAUACAAGACAUAUUGUUGGAACUUACGGCUAUCUAUCACCAGAGUACAUAGUUGGUGGGCUGUACUCAACAAAAUCUGAUGUCUAUAGCUUUGGUGUACUAAUAUUAGAAAUAUUUAGUGGGAAGCGAAAUAAAGGAUUCAUCGAUAUUGACCAUUACUUUAAUCUUCUUGCCGAUGAUCUCAACAUUAAGCUCAAGGAUGAUAUUGAUAAUUGGCCAAUUCAACUUACAAUAAAUGACAUUUCUCAUAACAGUAGCAAAAUACUUCAAAUGGAAUUUGGUACUACUGUGAAGUGCUUGAAUAGGAGUACUUGUAACUAUGAUUCAGGGAUGGUGUUGAGCGUUGAUAUUUUUUGGUUAUGA